AUGGAGCGAGCUAAUGCGGCUGCGACCAGCGAAUCGGAUGCGGACAAACAGCGGGUCUUGGACGUUCUUGCCGCUAGUAACAAGUUGCUGGUUGAUGCACACCGCGAGAUGUAUUGCUCGCGGAAUGCUCGAAAGGGCGGGGCUGUCGAGAACGCGACUACCGCUGCGUCACUAUCGAACUUUGAUUUAGGUCCGUCUGCAGAUGAUGAGAAGGUGAUCUGCGGAGCCCCAUUCCGGCCCACAGCCGCAGCCACGCCGUUGUCGACGAUUCACGACGAAGCGGACAGUGUUUUGGACGAGUGGCGUCAAUACACGGUGGACUGGGUUGCUACGAAGACGAGCGACGACUUCACGCCACUGCUAAUCGUGCGUCAUAAUGGAGUCGUUUGCUGGAGUGUGGAGGCUGUCUGCGAGCACGUGGACAUCCUCCGUUGGUUUCGUGAGGUUGGCAGUGUUCGCUUCCCGUCGAUCGCUGCCCUCGCUCGCAUUUGGUUGGGAAGGGCUCCCUCCAACGAGUUUCAAGAACGCGUUUUCUCGACCGGUGGAAUCGUGAUGAGCAACCGGCGCACUCGGACGGACACCCAUCGCGCUGUGAUGCAGGUCCUGCGGAAGCACAACAGGAAGGAGAUCCUGUGCAUGGAGGCUAACGACAGCGGAAGCUCGAUGCUAGACUGA